AUGUCGAUCUUUGUCCUUAUAUUUUUCCUAUUUUUCCAAUUAUCCAACCAAACCCCUUGUUUAUACGACAAAGACUGUGAAAAAUGGGAAGUUUGUGGAACUCCAGUAGACAUCGGGACUUGUAGAAAUCGAACAUCUUCUGAUCCUGAUAAAUCAGUUUGCAAAUCUCCAGAUUGUAAUGGAAUUUCAAAUCGAUAUUUGUUAAAUCUGAAUAGAUCUAUCAAACCAUGCGAGAAUUUCUAUGAAUUUGUUUGUGGGAAAUAUCCGAAACCCAAGAAAUAUCAGAGAAGAGUCAAUAUUUUUCAAGAAAUGACUGUGGAUCUGGAUUUGAAGUUGAAAGAGUUUCUAGAAGAAAAUUCGGAAGAUUUGGGCAUUUUAAAAAUAUUCUAUGGUUCUUGUAUGACUUCGAACAAUUUAGAAGUUGAAGAUCUUCUUGAGAUCUUUGGAAAUUCCUCAGAGAAUCCAUUUUUCCAAAUUCUGAUCGAACCAUCUUUGAAUGAUAAUACAAAAUAUAUGAUGCACUUUGAACCUCCCGAACUUUUUCUAAAGGAAAUCAAAAGCUAUCAGAAACCUGAAAACAUUGCUCAUCUUAAAAAAUUCAUGUUGAAAAUUCUCAAAGAUCACAGCGACUUAGAAAUUCAGGAAAUUAUUGAUUUCGAGAAGAAUUUGGCUGCGAUUAUAAAAGAACCUUCUGAAAAAUUGGAAAAUCAUGCGAGUUAUAGGAAUUUGAUGAGUCUUGAGGAUUUUAAUGAUAAUUUUAGGAAUAUUGGAUUUGAUUUUGGUAACACAACUUUGGUAAACAUCUACGAUUCAGGAUUUUUUGAGAAGUUAAAUGAACUCUUGGGUAGAACAACUCCCAAGAUCUUGGAAAAUUACAAAAUUUGGAGAUUUAUUGCGGAGUUUUUAAAAUAUUUGAAUCCUCAGGAAUUUUUUGAUUUUGAGAGAAAAAUCUAUGGAUUUUCAUCGACUGAAAAUCCAAUCUGGGCAAUUUGUCUAAACGAACUCAAAGAGCAACUUCCAGUUUUACUAGCCAAGAAAUAUUUCAAAACAAAUGAGCAAAAGAAAAAGGAAAUUCGAAAUCUGAUAAAUAAUAUCGAAAAAUCAGCGAGGAAUUUGAUGAAUUCUACAGAUUCCCCUGACAAAAAUGUGAUAAUGAAAAGGCUUGGAAAAAUGUGGUUUGAUCAAUGGAGUUAUCCUAAGUUUGAAUUAGAUAUUGGAAAGGAGAAAGUUUUGUUGAAGCCUGGAAAGUUUCUGGAGAAUCUGGUGAUUUUGAGGAAAUAUAAUCGGAGGUAAGGUAGAUUUGAUGGGCCCAAAAAUUAAAAGAAGUCCCCCAGAUCCUAUUUUUCAAAACUCGAAAAACCAGUCGAAGUUUAUUGGCAUAACUCAGUUCUAUCAAUCAACGCAUAUUACAAACGCCGUGAAAAUUCCGUAAUUUUGCCACCUGGAUUAUUAACCUAUCCGAUGUUUAGUCAAGAUGUUCCACCAUUUGUAAACUAUGGAUCAAUCGGAUUUAUCAUAUCUCAUGAAAUAGCUCACGCUUUCGAUGACAAAGGUGCAAGUUAUGAUGAGAAUAGUAGACUUUUAGUGAAUUCAAAUUCAAUUCUCAAUUUUCCAACUGAUUAUCAAUGUUUGAUGUCACAAUAUCAAAAUAACAGCAAAAUCCUGACUGAAAGUGUAGCUGAUAAUAUUGGAAUACGAAUUGCUUUUGAUGCUUAUCAUGAGCAAUGGCAGAAUUCUGUAGAUCAAAGAAGUUUGACAGAUUUUCAGAAUAUGUCGGGGAUUCGCAUGUUUUUCGUGGCGUUUGCUAGUGUGAGUUUGAAUUAGCUAGAGUUAGAAGAACUCACACAUUUUUCAGACCUUCUGUCAUAAUGUGAAUCCUGAUUAUUCGCGAAAUGAUGAACAUGCAUUUGGAGCUGAAAGAAUCAAUACAGUUCUCCGAAAUCUUCCCGAAUUUUCUGAAACUUUCGGAUGUUCCAAAGAAAAAAAGUGCAAAAUUUGGUGA